AUGUUGUUGCUUGUCAAUAUCGUUUUCCUAAUCGAGGUGUCUUUUGGAGUAUUGUACGAUGGCAAGUUCUUCGAUCCGAAGAACCGAACCAGUCUGUUCACCUUCCCAUCAUCAAGGGUGAUGGCCAUUUUCAGCGGCUGAAUGUGUAGUUUACAAUGCAAUGACCGAUUAUGAAUAUCUCGGAAAUGUGGACAAAUCGGCAGACGGCGAGAGCUGUGCUCCGUGGAAUUCGGUCACCGAAACAUGGUAUCCCUCUGCAAACAACAUCGAAAAACAGCUGUAACUCACCGAGAAACCGUGUUCUCUCUAGAUAAAUAUUUCAGAAAACAGGCACCUGAAAGUUUUUAUCAUUCUAAGUGCCGAACGAUCCGACUGAAAGACGGGCAUCCACUGACCAAUGUCUCGUCUUCGAAUGGAAUUCCUUUGGAUCCCCCGAUAACUUCCGGCAAAUGGGGACCGUGGUGUUUCGUGAAAAAGGAAGGAAUCGUCGGAACGAAGAAGUUCGAUUACUCGCCUGCCGUCUGCUUUUCCGCGUGCGACGAGACGAAGAUCGUGACGGCGACAGAACGAAAAAAGUUUACGGGUACCUAGGUCCUCUCCUGAAGAUUCUCACAAGUUUUGAGGGGUUUCAGAGCACGGAUACAGUGUUCUCAAGUUGAAUUACAAUCCGAAACUGCUGGAUCCGAUUGACAAACUGUUUGCGGAUUAUCAGUUCGGUGACGGAAAUUACUACACUUAUGUGGGUGAUUUUCGACGAAGCACACAAGAAUCGGCCAUUUCCAGAAGAAGUCACAGGAGCAAGCGCCCGAGUAUCUCGUGCUCCGUCGCAGAGUUUUCUUCGUCCUGUGCUUCGUCUUCUUCGCCGUCAUCAUCUGGAUUCUUGCGUGCUUCUUCCUCAACAAAUACUCUCAAAAAAUGCACCGAAAGAAGCAGAAAGCGUUGGAGGAAUUCUUCGAAAGCACCACUUUGGCGGACAUCAAAUUGCAGGCAGAUUUGAGAAGGGAAACAGAAGACGUUUAG